AUGGAAGAAGAAUCUUCAACACAGCUUUUGUUAAAUCCCGAGAACAAAAAGACUGAUAGAAGCAAAAAGUUUCAGCAAAAUCGAGUAGCGAAUGCGUUACUUUGUGGUUUAGUGUUAGGUUUUAUAUUUUCAUUUCUUAUGGCAUAUAGUGGUGUGAUUGAAGAUGCACAAUUUACUAAAAAUAUCGAUUUUACCAUAAGUGAUUUUAUACAGAAGAAUAACUUUACACUUGAAGUGCCACAAGAUGCUAAUUUAGCUGAAUUUCUUUAUCGUGAAGUACGAGUUUUAUGUAUUAUGACUCCAGUUAAUCAAGGCACUUUAAAUGAUCGUGGUGAAAUCUUUCUCAAGACAUGGACAAAACGUUGCCAUAAAUUUAUAUUUUUUGCUGAUGAUCCAGAUGAAAGAUUCAAGGACAAUAUCAUCGUUUUGAAAGACAAAAGUAGUAACUGGGCUAGACUGAAAGAAGCAAUGACAUAUGUAUACAAACAUCAUCUUAAUGAUUUUGAUUGGAUAUUAAAAACAAACGACAAUACAUACAUGGUGAUGGAGAAUCUCAGAUGGCUACUCUAUCAAUAUGAACCGGAUUGGCCUUUAAUUAUAGGUCAAAGAUAUUUAGAAGAGGAUUAUAUGAUUGGUGCUUAUUCGAUCUCAAAACGAGCUUUUACACGUCUUAUUGAAAAGGGUUUUUCAAAUCCACAAAUUUGUGAUCCAAAAGCUAUAAAUGAUGAUCAACAGAUUUCAAAAUGCUUACAACGAUUAAAUGUUCUACAAAUUGAUGCUCUCGAUGAUGAAGGCAAAGGAAUGUUUUUCCGUGAAAAUCCUGAAAGUGCUUUAUUUCCAGAAAAAAUUGAUGAGUACGAUAAAUGGUUCUGGCAUAAAUUGAAACAAGGUCCGAACAGCUGUUGCAGUGAUAGACUAAUUGCAAUACAAAAUGUAUUUAAUACGCAUUUAUAUUAUUUUGAAUAUUUCAUCUAUAAAGUUCAUGCGUUUGGGAGACACCGAUUACCUGAGCCUUUACCUCGCAAGAAAAAUCUAGAAGAAAUAAUAAAAGAAAAAUUUUAG